CAGUUCCGGGUAGGAUUUGUUUUUUUGUAACACACUUGCCAUGGCUGUCAAAGCGCAGGUGUCGUAGUUUAUGUAGAGUUGGCUCUUUUCUUUUUAGCUGUAGUGUUGCGUUUUAGCAGCCAUUUGAUGUGAUGCGAUGUCAGAUAAGCGUCAGCGUGCCAGAGUCCAGGGCUCCUGGGCAAAGCAACUGCCAAAACCCUCUAGACCAACAGGUGCAGUCCCAAACAACCAACAACCCAGAAAUGUCAAUCCAGCCCCUAGUUCUUGGGGAUGUGGGCCACAGAAAACACCUAAGACAUUUGAGUUUCACCAGCCUACCAAGCCAGUUAGAGAUAUUCCACCAGAGAACGUGAUGGAGCAGGCAGGUGAUCAUGUGAUCAGCAAUGGACCAUCAGGAGUGUCCAGACUGCGGCUGCUGCCUGGGUUUCUUCCCCCAGAAGAGGCUGACUGGAUGUUCAGUAAGCUGUUAGCAGAGCUGCCCUGGUCCCAGAAGACCAACUACAGACAGGGUGAGGCAUACGAGGAGCCCAGGCUGACUUGCUGGUAUGGAGAGUUGCCCUAUACAUAUGCUCGCUCCACCAUGGCUGCUAACACACAGUGGCAUCCAUUGCUGUUAACCCUUCGCGAGGCAGUGGAGCAGGUGAGCGGAUGCAGCUUCAACUCACUGCUGUGUAACCUGUAUCGGGACAGCCAUGACAGCAUCGGCUGGCACAGUGACAACGAGGCUGCCUUGGGUACCAAGCCCACCAUCGCCUCCGUCAGUCUGGGCGACACCAGAGUGUUCGGCCUCCGCAAGCAGCCUCCACCGGAGGAAAAUGGGGACUACACUUAUGUGGAGCGGAUUCGUGUUCCUCUGAGUCACGGGACACUUUUGGUGAUGGAUGGAGCCACACAAGACGAUUGGCAGCAUCAAGUGGCUAAAGAGUACCAUGACCGAGGCCCGCGCAUCAACUUGACCUUCAGAACUAUGUACCCAGAGCCAGAGGGCUGCAGGCCGGGAACCAAGCUGGGAUUCACACCCAGCCAACCGUAAACUUCCCUCAGAGUCAGGUACUCAGGGCUCAUGAAACAAGUGUUUUCAAGUACCGAUCCACACAAUGUGAUGGUUGAAGUGUGAACAAGGCUUAAGCUACGAGAUUUUGUCGUGUGUGUGAACGUCACUGAGUCAUUUCAGCUGUUUGAAACAAGUCUUGUAAACACAUCACCAUUAGUUACAGGCCACAGUAUGAAAAACAGGGAGAUUUGCUGCUCUGUCUGAAUUGAACCAUAAUAAGACUGCAGUCGUGACCGGUGGUGAUUAUCAGAUACCAGUGUUUUCAGAGAAGCUAAACAAAAGAAUGGGUGAUUAUGAAGGUUUACUGGCUGGAUAAAACCUCAGCCCUGCAUAUUACUUUGACUUUAUUUAUUUGUUCAGCACAGAGAGCUGUUUCUGUUCAUUUCAGCCAAUAAUUCUUUGUUUUACGUGGCAAACUCACAUUUUGACCCAAAUGACAUGUCAUGAAAGGUGUCUUUAUGAAAGACAAGGUCCCGUUGACUUUACAGCAAGUCACUGUUAAUGUGACUUUUGGUGAAAUGCCUGAAAUGUAAUUUAUUUCCUGCCUUGUUAUUUUGGGGAGCUUUUUUGGAGAGAAAAUAGUUGCUAUGAAAAGGAAAGGAAGGAAGUAAAGUUGCCACUUAGGCCAAUUACAGCUCCAUCAGGACUGGAAUUAGUUAAUUUCCCUGUUGAACAAGAUUAGUCUAAUCAGUCCAUCAAAGAGAUAGUUCAGUUUUAUUUUUUUAAACCUUUAAUAUAUCAUAAACCAGAAUCGUUAACGUCCAUCUAAGUUGAGCUUACACAAGCAUUUUAAUAAAGUGUACGGUUUUUCAUUUUCAACUGAAACACAACAUAUACUGUGGAUAAAAUGUGUACUUGAUAACAGGAAAACAGUACAGCACUGCCCAGGUAACAACCGGUAACCAAGGCAAAUUACUUGCAUACCCAUUUUAUUAUUUAAUUUGCAAUUAUUUUUUUUUGAUUGAAUGAUUUGUUUCAGUGACAAGUCCCAGCAAACAUGGCUGCUGCAACAAGCAGGCUUAAUAUGUAUGAGCUUCUUUUUUGCCAGAAUUCUGGUAAUUGUUUGCUUCGAGCUUCAGUUUUCUGUAUAAUUAACAAUUUUCUUGUGGAAAUAAAGGAUAACAAAUUCA